AUGGAUGGCACAGUAUCUUUAGAAGCAGAGAGUAAAUACGAAAAUCAAAGUGCAGAAAUUUCUGAUAUCGUGCCUGUACCUAAAAUAGUUCUUGAAAUAGUCACAACCUUCAACUUUCUCAUCUUUGGUGCAGUUAUCGGUCUUGUAGGAAUAAUAGGUAACAUUGUCAACAUCUUCGUGUUUUUAAAGCAAGGAUUUAAGGACCGUAUUAACAUAGCUCUAGUGGCUAUCGCGGUCAGUGACAUUGGUUCACUAAUGACAUUACAGAUGUCAAAUAUCAUGUUGAACUCAUGGUUCAUGCAGCUUGAUAUUCCAAUCGUUCAGAUGAAUUUCGUGGCAACUGUGGUGGUGUACCCACACAAUUAUUUCGUCAGAGUGUGUGGUUUUAUCACAGCCUUCGCCUCCGUCGAGAGGUGCUUGUGUGUGUUCGCUCCCUUUAAAGUUAGACUUAUCAUCACACGGAAAGUCUCUUUGUUUAUUGUAGUGUGUGUCUACGUGAUACUAAUCUUUGACCUGGUACCUGUGUAUUACAUGACCUAUUUAGACUGGAGAUUUUUCCCAGAGACCAACAGCUCAAAACUUGGCGUGCACUUUCGUGGCAACCCACGUGAUGUAUUUGGCUUCAUUUAUUUCAUCACAGAUAUAUUCCUCCCGCAUACGUCGUUUACCAUAAUUGUCAUCUCGAAUAUAAUUCUCACCGCUAAAAUGCGAAAACGAACGGGAAACAAAGUCAAACUAACGAACGCCAGCCAGAAAAUGAUGGAGAAGAUGAUCAAAAAGGACAUGAAUAUCAUCAAGAUGCUGCUAGUUGUAUCAGCUCUGUUCAUCGUUUGUCUCAUCCCACAGUCUGCCCUGAACACGGCUAUAGGAUUCUACCGAGAGUUUGGAUAUCAGUUGAAAUAUCAAGACCGGCUGAUAUUGUGUUAUAGUGUCUCCUAUCUCACAGAGACUGUAGGGUCUAGUGUUAAUAUUGUCGUCUACUAUAGGAUGAGUACGAAGUUUAGGUCCAUGUUUAAUGCUAUCUUUCUCAAAAUGUUGUAA